CACACAGCCGCUGACGUGUGCGGCAGCUGUGUGUGCGCUAAGCUCGCGCGGUGCUGCCAUCUGGCGGCGACUUCGCCAAACAACUUGUAGACGUAGUGCGCCCUGCUGGAGAGAAGUGACAGCAAGGUUGUCAAAAUCCAUCCUGGCUCCUCCUGGUGAUGGGCAACAUAUCACCAAAUUAGUCAUGCUGACAAGCCAGCUUGUGAGAAGAAAUUGGAGCAUAUCACCCAGAUCAAAUGAAGAUUAAUUCUACAAGUGCAUAGCUCAUCACAUGGAUUUUUGUGCUUUCAAACCAACUCUUACACAAGCUGAACACUUUUAUCAAUGUCAGUCUUUGCAUAUCAGUUCUAGCGCUAGGAAAUAGCAGCCUACUUUUAUCAUGUUUCGAACAAAAGUACGCAUUCAUACAUGCAAAAUCAUUUUAAUUACCUCCUUGGUUUGGAUUUUAGUAGAUGUGGCACUACUUGCCUUUUACUCAGACUGCUUAGGUGGAGGCGGCUGGAAGUGUAAAGACAAUGAAAUUAAUGCUGCUGCGGGAUCAGCUUCUGCAUUGCAUUCCGACGGAGGUGCUAUUUUAAGUAAUAGUAAGGGCCGAGGAAUUUUGUAUGAACAGUUACACGACAGAGGGAAGGCUGAAGAAGAUAAAACAUACAAACCAUCACAGUUACGAAGAUGGAGAGUGGUACCUCCAGUUCCAGAAAACCCUGGCAUGCCAGGGGAGAAUGGAAAGGCUGUUACAAUUCCACCAGAAAAAGAAGCUUUGAUGAAAGAAAAAUUCAAGUUGAAUCAAUUUAACUUGCUUGCCAGUGAUAUGAUAUCAUUCAAUCGUUCUCUUGCUGAUGUCAGAUUAGAAGGGUGCAAAAGCAAGAACUAUCCAAAACUUCUCCCCACCACUUCAAUUGUCAUAGUAUUUCACAAUGAAGCCUGGUCCACUCUUUUGAGAACAGUAUGGUCUGUUAUCAAUCGUAGUCCAAGACCCUUACUACGGGAAAUAAUUCUUGUUGAUGAUGCCAGUGAAAGAGAACACUUAGGAAGGCAAUUGGAGGAUUAUGUAGCCAAGUUGCCUGUCCCAGUGCACGUAUUCCGUACUGAAAAACGCUCCGGCUUGAUUCGUGCUAGAUUGCUUGGAGCCAAACAUGUCAAAGGAGAAGUCAUCACAUUCCUUGAUGCACAUUGUGAAUGUACAGAGGGCUGGUUAGAGCCUUUACUUGCUCGCAUAGCAGAAGACAGGACAACAGUGGCCUGUCCUAUUAUAGACGUCAUAGCUGAUGACACAUUUGAGUACAUCAGUGCUUCUGAUAUGACAUGGGGAGGAUUUAACUGGAAAUUAAACUUCAGAUGGUAUAGAGUUCCACAAAGAGAGAUGGAAAGACGUGGCAAUGAUCGCACAGCUCCUCUUCGCACCCCAACCAUGGCGGGUGGCCUUUUCUCUAUUGACAAAGACUAUUUCUAUCAUCUUGGAUCCUACGAUGAAGGAAUGGACAUCUGGGGAGGAGAAAAUCUUGAAAUGUCAUUCAGGGUUUGGAUGUGUGGAGGUCAAGUGGAAAUAGCAACAUGCUCUCAUGUUGGCCAUGUUUUUCGCAAGUCUACUCCUUAUACCUUCCCUGGUGGAACGUCUAAAAUUGUCAACCAUAAUAAUGCGCGUCUGGCAGAGGUGUGGUUGGAUGAAUGGAAAGAGUUUUACUACAGCAUUAACCCAGGAGCCCGCAGUGUAGAUGUGGGAGAUGUGACUCAGAGGAAAUCUUUACGUCACAAAUUAAAAUGCAAGAGUUUCCGUUGGUACCUAGAAAAUGUGUACCCUGAGUCACAAAUGCCUCUUGAUUACUAUCAUUUAGGAGAGGUUCGCAAUGUAGAAACUCAAAACUGUUUGGAUACAAUGGGCCAUAAAAGUGGUGAAAAUCUUGGAGUGAGCUACUGUCAUGGCCUCGGUGGUAAUCAGGUGUUUGCUUACACUCGUCGCCAACAGAUCAUGUCUGAUGACAAUUGUCUUGACGCAACCAGUCCUGAAGGGCCUGUUAAACUUGUGCGAUGUCAUGGUAUGGGUGGAAACCAACUUUGGGUUUACGAUAAAAAUGCUCAAACUAUAAAACAUGUAAAUACAGGACAGUGUCUCACAAAACCAGAUGUUCGGGACACCUCCAUGCCUCUCCUUAGACCUUGUGAUGGAAGCAUAGGUCAGAUGUGGGUCAUGAAUAGUAAAUUUAAAUGGCAAGCAAACUCAUUAUAGAUACCCUUAAAAUUCUGAGUCAAAAUUCUAAAUUUUCCCUCUUCAUUGCAUAUCAAAUUGUGGUCACUAAUAAAAUCUGAGAACUAUCCUAUUACUGAUUUGGGAUUAGUAGUUAUAAUUUACUUCAUUUUGGUAACUUGUUUGUUUGGGUGUAUCUCACAUUUAAUAUGUACAGUACUAAUUCAAUGCCUCUUGUCCCUCAUGUACUGUGCCCUUAAGGUCUAUCCUAGAUAGUUAGUUAUUUCUAAAAUAGAUGCAUUUUUAAAGUGCUUGGAUGGUAGUGUAGUAACCUUUGUAACAUUUGUCAUACAAAUGCUAGUCUCAAAGCUGACAGCUUCUUUUCUGUACUGGACAUAUCUCUUAUUGGUCCAAGCUGUCUUCAUAGCCGUAGACCUUUUAGUAGUGGUCUCAUUUGUGGUAUUUUAACGAGUAUUGGUCUUGUAUGAAGGACCACUUUAGACUGUCUUCCGAACUCUUACAUAUUCAUUUCAUAUCACAGCACUUCUAUUUCACUAGAAAUUUAGGUAAACAUAUGUCUAGUUUAGCUACAUCUAAGCUCGUUUCUCUUAUACCUUUAUGGAAGAGAAAUUAAAGGCAGUCCAGCUCUUAACAACUGGGUGCCAUUUUCUUUUUUACUUGGAAGAGAACAAUUUAUUACAUGAAAAUGUGUAUGUGUGAAGCCUUAUCGAUUUAUUGCUUAUCAGUUACUUAACUAAAGACCUGUUGGCUGUUAACAGAUGCUUUCCAACUGCGUUAAAAUUAAUCAUACGGGCUUGUAUAUUUGAUUGUAUAAUGACUUAUAUUUAUUACUACAUGGUUAUUAAGAUGGUGCCUGUACUUUUGUACACUUACUUAUGUCAUUGUGGAUAUGUACAGCAAAUGAAUAGAAGAGUGAUAAAUUUUGUACAUUUAGGAACCUAGGCAGUGUUUAGGAAACAUUUUGUAGAUUAAAUAAGAGUUUUUAGGUGAAUUGUUUCUCAUUCAAGUGACAAUACUUCAAGAGAAAUUUAAAAUCAUUCCCGCAGUUUGUGACAAUUAGAAUGCAGCAUACAGUAGUUAUUAGAGGUAGGAAUCAGAGGUAUCAAUGCGAGUUAAUAAGGCUUAUCGUUCUUAUGACACAUUCUUCAUUGGUAGAUGAAAUCUAAAUUUGUUACAAAGUAUGUCUGUGAUCAUGGUUGAUUCGAGUACUCUCUUUUGUCUUUACUUUCCCUUGGUUCUUAUUUCUGUGCCUUUUGUACCUUAAGUUAAUGGAUAAUAUCCCCUGUUUUUUUAAUAUUGCACAUUCCUUCACUUCAAUUGUUUUGAUGCUUUCCAUCUUGCAAAGUGUUAUUUUUUCUGUAAUCCUGGGGGGGCUUAGAUAAGAGGAGUGUUCAAGUGUUCGCUGCAAGCGUUGUAAUUAUUGUAUGUUCCACAUUACAUUUUUUCUAUUCUCUAUUGGUUAACAAAAUGUACUGACUACUGUGUGUGCUUGUUUUCUUUUUAAGUUUGUUUGUGUGUUUGUAUGUAUUAAAUUCAAGGUGUGAAGAAAGUCAUACUGUACAUGCUAAUUUUAUUUUGUUGUCUGUUCUACAUGAUUACCUGUAAGUUGAGGUUUUGAAUGAGUAUGAAAGACAGCCUGCCUGUGAUUUUGGCUGGUGUUUCCAAUGGAAUUAAUUUGUUUGUUGUAACGUAUUUUAAAUUUGUUGUCUUCUUAACAAUAUUUGGUGCAACAUUCAAAAUGUUUGUCUCUCUCAAGUUUUGUUACUUAUGAAGUAUCAUCAUUUUUUACUCAAUCUAUUGUUUUAAAAGUCUAGCAAAAUUUUCUUUAAUUGACACCUCCUUUGACCUUAUGGGUGUAACUUUUUAUAAUUGUUUCUUUUUAUUAGUCUGCAAAAUUCAGUCUUGUUGUUUUACACAUGCCCGUUGAAGUUUAUUUGGUGAAUUGUAACAAAACAUUCUGAAAGUCAUCAUAGUAUAUUGUUGGUAGUGGUUUGAAUGGAUGUACUAAAGAUGUUUUCCACUUUAGGUUGCACAUAGUUUGCAGCUCUGUGUGGAUGUAGAAAGAUAUGUUGCCCGCCACUGCAAACCACAAUGACUUUCUUCCAUGUUGCUGUGUAAGAUUACUGUAAGAUGAGUUUAUUUUUGAUGCCACUUGUUAUUCUAUUUUAUUAUUAUUUAAUUUAGUUAUGACACCAAUCCUGCCAUGUAGUACUGUUAAGAAUUCUGUGCAUUUAUUAGCUUUUAAGUUUCCUGCAUAAUAAUCCACAUGGAUAUUGGCAAACACUAUUUUAAUAGGAAAUCAGAUUUGCCUUGCAAUUUAAGACAGUUGUCCAUCUGUGAACAGUGUUUGGACUUCCACCCAGCUGCGCACAGGUAAAUGUAGAGGGCGGACCUAUGGCACCAUUCUGACAACGACAUUAUUGCUAGCCCUGAGCCAGUCCUUUUUGAAGCCAUGUAUUUGCAACCAAUCCAUCUAAACAUGUGGGUGUGCAUAGAAUACUUUCUUCUGUUUCAUCUUUGGGUUGGUUUCUCAGAACACACUCCUGUUGUAUAGUUGUUCUCAUAUUUGUUCCAUUUACUGGUAAUGGCAUUGUGUGAUCUCUUUGGUUGUUAAAAGUUGCAUACUUAUCUGACCAAAAAGCUCUAUCCUGUCAAGUUGAGAGCGAAAGGACCAAGAUUAUGUUAACUUGAUUUAUCGUAAUGAAAUUAAAUUAAGAGUAGUGGUGGUUUUGGCACCAAUUCAUAAUUAAUGUUAUUUCUUAACAGUACUCUGGUGUAUUUGUGUUUUGAAUUUUCUUCCGAUUUGUGACUUCUAAUGACUGAAAAUACCCUUAGUCUGUUGUAAGACUCAGGUCAUCAGAAAAUGUGGGAAACAUCAGUUUCUGACCACAAUGAAAACUCUACUUGUCAUUGGUUUUAUACAACAUGUUAACUAUGUAUACAUGUUCAAAACAAAUAAAAUAUUGUAUGUUGUUUA